UUAUCAUUGUUGCUAGAACGUAUCAUUGUAGUUCAGUUCUCAGUCAGGAUUCAACAACAAUAUGUCGUACAGGAUAUCACCAGUGCUUAGUCCAAGUGCUAUUCCCAUCCCAGGGGGUUUACAUCCUGGGAAAGAGGUCAUAAUUAAAGGCCAUCAGAUCCCUGGGGCAGACAGGUUCCAGGUUAAUUUCCAGUCAGAUGCGGAAGAAGAAGCUGGUUCAAUCCCACUCCACUUCAAUCCCCGUCAGAGUAUGGGAUAUGUGGUCCGCAAUGCCUUCUAUGGAGGAUGGGGGCCAGAGGAGGUAGAGGAACCAGAAUUCCCAUUUAGAGAUGAUGAGGACUUCACCAUAAGAAUCAUCACAUUCCCAGAGUACUAUGUGGUCCAUGUGAAUGGCAGACAUUUCAUUGACUUCCCCCACCGUGCAUCAUUUGAAGAAGUAAAGUAUUUAGCUGUUGGUGGAGAUGCAGAAUUCCAUGAAGUCAUAUUCAUAGACAAUAUCCAGAUGCUUCCCUAUUGGGGCACUUUCCCAGGCAUUGAUGAUCAGUUCCUGCCUGGAUCUGGGGUCAGAGUCAGAGGUCAAGUCAUGCAAGGAGCACAAAGGUUUGAGAUCAACUUCUGUAACAGUCUGGAUGGAGGUGAUGAUCGUCCCUUCCACUUCAACCCCCGCAUGGAGGACAAAAAAGUUGUACGUAAUUCACAGAUUGAUGGAGGUUGGGGUGAUGAAGAGAGAGAUACUGAUGAGUUCCCCUUCAAGGAGGGUGACUUCUUUGAGGUCACCAUAGUUGCCUCUGAUGAUUGCUUCAAGUGUUUCUGGGGUGAUGAGAGAGUCAACUACAGUCAUAGAAUCCCAAUUGAGAACAUUCACAACUUGAUGAUAGAUGGCAACGUUGCCCUAACCAGUGUAGAGUACCUAGUCCCACAUCUGAUGCAAGUUGUUGACAUCCCUGCAGUAGUGCCGAUACCCCAUGGUAUGUCCGAGGGCAAGUGUGCAGUCAUCAGAGGCUUUGUGCCAGAUGAGAUUGACAGAUUCCACAUCAACCUGCAGAAUGACCCUGAGGGUAAUGAGGUGGGGUACCACUUCAAUCCCCGCUAUGAGGACAAGGAGGUGGUCCAGAACUCCUGCCUAGGGGGGUGGCAGGAAGAAGAAAGGAGCAAACGACCUAGGGCUCUCAAACAAGGCCGUCCCUUUGAGGUCAGAAUCAUGGCCUGGGAUGAUAAAUUCACUGUGUAUGUGAAUGGAGAAUACUUCAGUUCCUACAGCUACAGAUGCCCCCUUGAAGACAUCAAGUUCUUGGCUGUUGAUGGCAAUGCUCUAUUCUACGAGGCCUAUAUUGAUUUACCUAUGCGUCAACCUUAUGUGGAGAAGAUAUCUGGCUAUAUGAUGCCUGGGAGGUGGCUCACCUGUAGAGGAGUUCUAAAGAAAGAAGAGGAUGCCAACAGGUUCCAAAUAGAUCUGCAAACUGGAGAACAAUGUCCCCCAGAAUCCGACUCCAUUUUCCAUUUCAACCCUCGCAUGGAGGAUCGAAAAGUAGUGCGAGGUGCCUGCAUAGGUGGCGGUUGGGGAGAUGAAGAAAGAGAUCAACCUGAUUGGCCGUUUAAACCCAACGAGUUCUUUGAGAUCCUCAUUAAUGUGAGAGAAGGAGGAUAUAUGACAUAUGUAAACAACAAGCCGUUUGUCUGGUUCAACCACAGAGUGGACUCUACCCAAUGUAAUCACAUUGGCAUGUUAGGCGAUGCCCACUUCUUCCACAUAGACAUGGUGUAAAAUAGCAUUCAAAGGAUAUCACAUAUUGACAAUGGAAUUCUAAACUGUUCGUUCUCUGAUCUAAAAUGAGGACCAAUUACCUGAUUUUCUGUGUUUAAGACAAUAAGGAUAAUGCUACUAUUCAUGAAGUAUGCCCCUCAUGCUUUCCUUGGUUUCUGCUUCAUUUGCUUAUUCAAGAGACUGGAUUGUGGAUAAAAUAAAUGUUUAAGGCAUGGAUGCAGAUGUAUAAUCAAUACUUAUAGUAGGGGUGUGUAUGGCCUGAUGGUGGAUGCUGGGGAUGGAGAUGAGAAAAUAGCAGAAAUGUACAGGAAAGACUGGAAGAAGCAAUAUUGUUAUGUACAAUGUACUUAUAAAAAAACAAUUAAAGUAUAUUGUUUAAAGUGCAUAGUGAUUAAUCCAUCUGGAAUCAUGUUUGUAAAAUUGUAUAACUGCAUUAGUGUUAGUAAACUGAACAGAUGGGUUGUUUACCCAUAGCUUGGGUCAGAGAAGCUGUAGUGGUGACCCAUAGGGGAAACCAGUAGCUCUGGUCAAGUGACCCAUAGCUGGGGUUUGGUGACCAAUGACCAUAGCUCGGGUCAAAUAAUUCAUAGCUUGGGUAAUUUCUAAUUAUAAUAUUUUGAACAAUUCAAACACUCAUUAGUGGUCAACUUUACUGAUUUACUUUCGCUACACAAUGUGACACAAGAAUCUUGAGAAGACACAGCCCAAAUCCACCUAAGCCACACCCCACCUUUCUUUAAUGUAUAGGGUAAGAUUUGUAGUGAAGAAGAUGCUAUUGGUUUUUAUCUAGGCUCAGGCUAUCACCCAAAUUGAGAAACCGGUGUGAUAUUGAAGUAUUAAUAGUAUGAUUAUUACAAAUGGGCUUAUAAGUAAUUAUAUAAGGCUAUGCCUAGAAUGUUUUGUUUAAUCUUGGCUUUCCAGUGGAGAAAUUUAUUCAUGUUCAAUUAAUUUUACCAUGGAAAGCCAAGCUAAAGUAAAAGAGGAUGUAUGAUGUUACAGCACCCAAUAUUGUUGUUAUGUAUGACUUAUAGGUCUUUGUUGUAUUUUCUAUGUGUUUUAUGAAGAUAAAUAUUAAGAUUUAUAUUAAUGAAUUAUUUCACAUCCUCUUCACAAUCAAUAUGAUAAAAUGUAUCUUAUAUGAAAUCGAUAAAAUAAAUUAAAUAUUGUAUAUAUAAAUUUUGCGCUGUACUUGUAAAUACUGUUUUUAAUUGUAAUCAACUUACGGAUUUAAAUAAAAGCGUAAUAUUAGAUAAUAAAUUAUUGAAUAUGAUUGUAGUAAUUUAUUUUUAUAUGAUCAAUUUUUUAAAUGUAUAAAUUACAUGUACAAUGUAGAUGUAAAAAUUAAAUGGAG